UCAGGUUCGGGGUUCAGAAGUGAAAGGUCGUGUGGAAACAUGGCGGCUCCCGUGGAUGACAUGUUUUCCUUCUGCGUGGAUCCUGGUAAAGUUGCCGGCAGCGUGGAGGUCCGAUUUAUCGACAGCAUCAAGGGUAAGGGUCUCUUUGCCAAAAAGAGCAUCAAGAAGGGAGACUCCAUCUUCGUUGAGCGUCCUCUCGUCGCUGCCCAGUUCCUGUGGAAUGCUUUGUACAAAUAUAAAGCCUGUGAGUUCUGCUUACGUGCUCUGGAGACUGCAGAGGAGAAUGCGAGGAGACUCAGCGGCAACCCUGGACUCAGCCUUCCUCACCCGGAGCUCUGUCGUGUCCGACCAGAGCUGCACCAGGCCUGUCCUCAGUGCCAGGUGAUAUACUGCAGCAGCGAGUGUCGGCAGGCUGCAGCGGAUCAGUACCAUCGGGCUCUGUGUCUGGGACCAUCUCAGGAAGACCCAGACCAUCCAAUCAACAAGCUCAAAGAUGCUUGGAGGAGUAUGCAUUAUCCUCCAGAGACCUCCAGCAUCAUGCUCAUGGCCAGAAUGGUAGCUUUGGUCAAACAGGCCAAAGAUAAAGCGCACUGGCAGAAGCUGUUUUCUCACUUCUGCAGCCGGGCGGCCAACGAGGAAGAGGAGAUCGCACACAAGCUUCUGGGAGAGCAGUUCAGAGGGCAGUUGGCCUUGUUACACAGCCUUUUCAGAGCAGCACUUUAUGACGACCAUCUCAGCAGGUGGUUUGUUCCUGAAGGUUUCCGCUCUCUGUUUGCUCUGGUGGGAACAAACGGACAAGGCAUUGGCACCAGCUCUUUGAGUCAGUGGGUUCAUGCCUGUGAUGCACUUGAGCUUCCUGCCCAGCAGAGGGAGCAUUUGGACUCCUUUAUUGACCAGCUGUACAAGGACAUUGAAAAAGAAACGGGGGACUUUCUGAACUGUGAGGGCUCUGGACUGUUCAUGCUUCAAAGCUCAUGUAACCACAGCUGCAUACCCAACGCAGAGGCGUCCUUCCCCGACAACAAUUUCCUGCUUCACCUCAGUGCCCUAAAUGACAUCAACCCAGGAGAGGAGAUCUGCAUCAGUUAUUUGGAUUGCUGUCAGCGGGACAGAAGCCGACAUAGCAGACACAAAAUUCUGAGGGAGAACUACCUGUUUGUCUGCUCGUGUCCAAAGUGUGUCUCCCAGAUGGAUGAGCUAGAUGUGACAUCUGAGGAGGAAGAGGAAGAAGAAGGCGAGGCAGAAGGUGAAACAGAGGGGGACGAGAUGGAAGAUGAGAUGACAGAUGUCUGAUGAAAGACUUGCCCAUAUUGUUCUCAGCCGUUCCCAUCUCUGCCACCGCGCUUAACAACCACGAAGCCCAGAAGAAUAAAGAGCAGUCCAUGAUCUGCCCAAACGUGUGGAGAAAAGCGUCCUAUCAGCAACACAUUUCACUCAUUUGUUUGAAAAAUCAGCUACAGAAAACCGAUGGUGUGUGUGCCAGCAUUAGGACAGUGACAUGUUUUGGUUGUUUUGGCUCUCAGCACACUGAAGGUUUGAAAUAAAACAAAGACUUUGA